GGGGCGCUAAGACUGAGGCUCGUAUAAAAAAUACUGCAGAGCGGUCGCUGGCACCGUAACAGUACUUGUCGGUUGCCCUGUACGUCGUGGACACGACACCGACCAUCAUGACUGCACCCAACGGCCAUGCCGUUCGCCACGACGACCACGAGAUACACAUACGCCCCGUCGUCAUCCAUAGCGGGCCCAUUAGAUUAACGAUCCCAGUGUCUACCGAGACCGACCAGUGGAUCGCCGCCGAGGUGCUCAGAGACGAGUUCGUGCACCACCAAAAGACCCAGGACGCCAUAGACAACACCAUAGAGCUCGAGAACGAGAUAGAGGCGACGGUCGAGCUGUUCGCCCGCUUCCUUGGCUUCACUGCCCAGAAGCUCAACGAGGAGUGCGACUCGAAGAAGGCACGCACGUCCGUGCUCUUCCACGCGCUCAAGCAUUUUACUGCGUCCUACCUGAGCGACAAGGACAUCCACACGCUCACCGCAAAGUACGAUACCGACUCCCGCAGGACCGUAAUCGCAUCCUACUACCAGACUAUCGCAGCUCUCGAGGCGCAGAGCGUCAGCGACAUCCCGCGCUCGUCUAAUUCAGCACUAUUCUCCGCGGCCAAGGAGGGCCGCGCAUCUAUCUACGCCUUGUUCGGUGGACAGGGCGCUAAUGAAGUCUACUUCGAUGAGCUCCAAGCGCUCUAUGAUAUGUACAAGCCCUACGUGGCCCCCUUCCUGGCAGACGUGACCAGCAAGGUCCUCCUUCCCCUCGCAGCAGCCUCUGAAUCCACGGCAUUCUACACACAUGGUUUGGACGUAGUCUCCUGGCUCGAUGGCAGCGCGACGCGACCCUCCACCGCAUACCUCGCGUCGAUCCCCCUGUCGUUGCCUCUCAUUGGCCUGACGCAACUCACCCAGUACUUCGUUGUAUGCCGGACAUCCCGCUUGAGUCCUGGCGAGCUGCGGGACGCGCUGAAGGGUGCCACCGGGCACUCACAAGGUGUCGUGUCUGCCGUUGCCAUAGCCGCUUCAACGACGCUAGAGUCGUUCUACGAGAACUCUCGCAAAGCCUUGAAAUGGCUGUUCUUCUGCGGCCUGCGUGGCCAAGAAGCGUUCCCGGUGGUUGCGCUCGAGCCGCACAUUGUUCAAGAUUCCAUUGAGGGCGGCGAGGGCGCGCCUUCGCCCAUGCUCGCGGUAACCGGUCUCUCCCUGAAGGACCUCGAGGUGCACAUCAACAAGACGAACAAGCACCUCGCCGACAACUCCAAGCUAUACGUCUCGCUGCACAACGGUCCCAAAGCAUUCGUGGUUACCGGCCCUGCGAAAGCUCUGUACGGGUUAGUGACGCACCUGCGCAAGGUGCGCGCGCCUAGCGGGCUGGACCAGAGCAAAAUCCCGUUCUCCCAGCGCAAGCCCGUAUUUUCAGUACGGUUCCUCGUCGUCAAUGUUCCGUAUCACAGCCCCUACCUGACGGGCGUCACCGAGAGGAUGUGCAGCGAGGAUUUAGCGGGCGAGGAGUUGUGGAAGGGAGAGGAAUUGGGAAUUCCCGUGUACCAUACGGAAGAUGGCUCUGAUCUGCGACAGAGCGAGUCGAUCACCAAGUCUCUCUGCGAGCAAAUAUUCACCCAGCCGAUCCACUGGACGGUCGCAACCGGUUUCCCAAAUGACGCGACUCAUGCCGUGGACUUCGGCCCCGGUGGGUUGAGCGGUAUCGGCCCGCUUACUGCCCGCAACCUCGAAGGGCGCGGUGUCAGGGUGAUCGUACUCGGUGACAAGGGUCAAGGGGUGUCGGAGCUGUACGAGACGAAGAGUAUCAAAUACCAGGACUGGUGGAGCACCAAGUGGGCGCCGUCUCUGGUUAAAACCAGUGAUGGUCAGAUUCACCUCGACACGCCCUUUUCCCGCCUCUUGGGCAAGCCUCCCAUCAUGGUCGCGGGCAUGACGCCGACCACUGUCAAAGCAGGCUUCGUCAGCGCGGUCCUCUCCGCUGGUUAUCACAUCGAGCUGGCUGGUGGAGGCCACUACAACGCGAAUGCGCUGCGUGCCAAGGUUGCAGAGAUCCAGGCGAACAUCCCGGCGGGCGUUGGUAUCACGCUUAACGCCCUCUACAUUAAUCCCCGGCAGUUCAACUUCCAGUACCCUCUGUGGCAGGAUAUGCGCCACGAGGGCCUCCCGAUUGAGGGUUUCUGUGUCGCCGCUGGCAUUCCGUCUACGGAGAAGGCGGCCGAAAUCAUCGAUGGCCUGAAGGCAGCGGGAAUCAAGCACGUAGCCUUCAAGCCCGGCUCCGUCGAAGGCAUACGCCAAGUUAUCAGCAUCGCCGCUGCUAAUCCUGACUUCCCUAUUAUCAUGCAAUGGACAGGUGGUCGGGCGGGAGGCCAUCAUUCGUGCGAGGACUUCCACCAGCCCGUACUGGCGACUUACGGCGCCAUCAGGCGUCACGAGAAUAUCAUCUUGGUUGGCGGCUCUGGAUUCGGUGGGGCCGACGACAUUUGGCCGUACCUCACUGGUGAUUGGUCCGUGGCUUACGGCGUGCAGCCUAUGCCGUUCGAUGGGUUCUUGUUCGCAAGCCGUGUCAUGGUGGCGAAGGAGGCGCACACUAGCUCGUCCGUGAAGGACCUGAUUGUAGCUGCGUCGGGUGUCGACGAUGCUCAGUGGGAAGGCACCUACAGCAAGGAGACGGGCGGGAUCUUGACUGUUCGCUCCGAGCUCGGUGAGCCCAUCCAUAAGAUUGCGACUCGAGGUGUGAAGUUGUGGAAAGAGUUCGACGACACGGUGUUUGCCCUGCCGAAGGAGAAGCGCAUCACCUGGCUGAAGGAGCGUCGCGCGGAGGUCAUCGCUAAGUUGAACAAGGACUUCCAGAAGCCGUGGUUCGGAUGGAAGAAGGAUGGCAGCGUCGCAGAGGAUCUAGGCGACAUGACCUACGAGGAGGUCGCGCUUAGGAUGGUACGGCUGAUGUACGUUGCGCACGAGUCGCGGUGGGUCGAUCCUUCAUUGCGGAACCUCACUGGUGACUGGCUACGUCGCGUGGAGGAACGCUUCGCUGGUGUCAACGGAGGCCUGAAGCCCUCUAUUCUGCAGUCAUACUCUUCCCUCAACGAGCCCGCGCCAUUCCUCGAGCAGUUCUUCAAUACUUAUCCCUUGGCGAAGGAACAGCUCUUGGCUUCGGAGGAUAGCGCUUACUUCCUUGCCAUUUCGCAACGCCCUGGCCAGAAGCCAGUGCCUUUCAUCCCGGUCCUUGACGCAAGUUUCGAAGUGUGGUUCAAGAAGGACUCCCUAUGGCAGGCAGAAGACAUUGAGGCGGUCUUCGACCAGGACCCUCAGCGUGUCUGUAUUCUCCAAGGUCCUGUUGCCGUCAAGCAUUCGACCAAGAAGGAUGAGCCCAUCAAGGAGAUGCUAGACAACAUUACGGCGUCACUUGUGUCAAAGCUUCUCGAGCGUCGAUAUGAUGGCGAUGUCAACAAAGUCCCGACGGUCGACUACCUCGCCCCACCGACUAGAGGUCAAGACAUUGCUGGAUUGGAGUGCGAGGAGGACGGCAACAAGUUAACGUUCCGCUUUGGCUCCAGCCUGCCUGACAAGGCGGCUUGGCUUGAGUUCCUUGCUGGACCCCGCCUUACUUGGCUGAGGGCUCUGCUCACCUCUCCAUUGGUUGUCCAGGGCCCGUCUUACGCUGACAAUCCCAUGAAGCGUCUUUUCACGCCUCGAGUGGGUCAGACUGUGACGUUGACAUUGGGAGACGACCAUGUUCCCGUUUCCCUUACCGCCCACGGCGCGGCUCGGUCGCAUGGGAAGCAUAAGGAACUUUUCAAGGCUGUCGAGGUUCGGUAUAACGCUUCCGACAAGGCCAUUGAAGUCGUGAUCUACGAAGACCGCCGCGACACUGCGGUUCCUCUUCAGCUCCAAUUCAACUACGUUCCUUCCAUGGGCUACGCACCCAUCCAUGAGGUCAUGUCCGACCGCAACCAUCGCAUCAAGUCUUUCUACUGGAAGCUCUGGUUCGGCGAUGACUCGGAAAUGCCUGCUUUGGAUGUCCGAGAGCGCUUUACCAGCCCCGAAGUUACUAUCUCUUCGAGCGAUGUUGAGCGCUUCUGCGCGGUAGUUGGGAACCAAACUGAAAGCUUCAAGCCCGCAAGGACGGAGAAUGUCAUGGCCCCAAUGGACUUCGCCAUCGUCACGGGCUGGCAGGCUAUCAUGAAAGCCAUCUUCCCUGCCGCCAUCGAUGGUGACCUCCUGAAGCUGGUACACAUGUCCAACGGCUUCAAGAUGGUGGCUGGUGCGGAGCCUCUACGGGCUGGUGAUGUCUGUACUGCCGAAGCGGGCAUCACUUCCAUCCGGAAUACGAACGCGGGUAAGGUCGUGAAGGUGUCAGGCUACGUCCUACGCGGCGGACAGCGUGUAGUGGAGGUCAUAUCCUCCUUCCUCUAUCGCGGUCGUUUCUUGGACUUCCAGAACACAUUUGAGAUUGUCGAAGAGCCUGACUACGUGGUCGACCUCCCUACCGAAGCGGACGUUGCUGUGCUGCUAUCGAAGGAAUGGUUCGAGUGGGGUGACGAUUCGAAACCUCUGAAGGCUGGCACCGCGCUGGUCUUCCGCGUGAAGUCUGAGGUUACAUUCAAGAACGAGACAUCAUGUUCCUCAGUCUCUGUGUCCGGUGAUGUCUUCGUCCGCGACCAAAUCAAGCGUCUCGUCAAAGUCGCGUCUGUUGAAUUUGAGCAGGAAGACUGCCCUGGCAAUCCUGUUGUCGCCUAUCUUCAGAGAUCGGGGACUCCGCAGGGAUUGAUGACCCCUCUUCCGAAUGAAGGAUAUACGAUGGCAUCUGGUCCAAUUCCUGCGACCUUCAUCGCCCCCUCCAGCAAUGAGCCAUAUUCUUCUGUCUCGGGCGACUUCAAUCCUAUCCACAUCAAUCCAUACUUCUCUGACUAUGCGGCUCUCCCUGGUACUAUCACUCACGGGAUGUGGUCAAGUGCAGCAACGCGACGUUUCGUGGAGAAUGUCGCCGCUCAAGGUCGCCCCGAGAGAGUCAUCUCCUAUGAUGUUGCAUUCGUAGGAAUGGUGCUCCCCGGAGACGUUUUGCAGGUCAAACUUCGCCACAUAGGCAUGCGGGCCGGCAACCUAGUCAUCAAGGUUGAGACAAUCAACGAGCAGGGGGAGAAGGUCCUGGAGGGCACUGCCGAAGUUGCCCAGCCCACCACUAUAUACGUGUUCACCGGUCAAGGCUCCCAGGAGCCCGGAAUGGGUAUGGACCUGUAUAACAACUCUCCUGCUGCUCGUGCCGUUUGGGAUGCCGCUGACGCACAUCUGCUUGACGUCUACGGCUUCUCCAUUGUUGAGAUCGUGAAGAACAACCCGAAGGAGAAGACGAUCCAUUUCGGUGGUAUCAGAGGCCAGGCAAUCCGUCAGCGUUAUAUGGAGAUGUCCUAUGACACAAUGGACAAAGACGGCAACAUCAAGACUUUGCCACUCUUCGCGGACAUUAAUGUCCGAACCCAGCGCUACACUUUCAGUCAUCCGUCUGGUUUGUUGUUCGCAACGCAGUUCGCCCAGAUUGCCCUCGUCGUAACGGAGAAGGCUGCGUUUGAAGACAUGCGGGCCAAGGGCUUCGUUCAGAAAGACUGUGCCUUUGCGGGCCAUUCCCUAGGAGAGUAUUCCGCCUUGGCUUCCAUUGCUGAUGUCCUCCCGAUCUCGUCCCUCGUUGAUGUUGUCUUCUACCGUGGAAUCACCAUGCAGCGAGCGGUCGAGCGUGAUGCUGAGAAUCGUUCGAAUUAUGCUAUGUGUGCUGUCAAUCCCAGCAGGAUCAGCAAGACAUUCACGGAUGCGGCACUGCGUGAAGUUGUUGAGACCAUAUCGCAACGUACUGGAUGCUUACUGGAGAUCGUCAACUACAAUGUCGAGGGUCAACAAUACGUCUGUGCUGGCGAACUGGUGGCCUUGCAGACGGUCACGAAUGUAUUAAAUUACCUCAAGGUCCAGAAGAUCGACAUUUCUAAGUUGACUGAGACUUUCACUAUUGAACAAGUGAAGGAAAUGCUGGGCGAAAUUGUAGACAACUGCUACGCGAAAGCGCUGGAGCUUCAAAAAGCCCAGGGAUAUCUUCAGCUUGAACGUGGCUUUGCGACCAUCCCUCUCCCCGGUAUUGAUGUACCCUUCCACUCUCGUUAUCUUUGGGCAGGCGUGAUGCCAUUCCGUGCAUAUCUCUCAAAGAAGAUCGAUGCAACCCACCUCAACCCUGACAUGCUCGUGGGCAAAUAUGUUCCUAACCUCGUCGCGAAGCCAUUCGAAGUGUCGAGGGAUUACGCCCAACUCAUUUACGAUCAGACUUCCUCGCCUCGCCUCGACAAGGUUCUCAGAAAGUGGGAUGAAGAGCACUGGGACAGUCCCGAGCAGAGGCAAAAGCUAGCAUAUAUUAUCCUCGUGGAACUUCUGGCCUACCAAUUCGCAUCUCCUGUGCGUUGGAUCGAGACCCAGGAUAUCUUCUUCGCGAAGUAUAAAUUCGAGCGCUUGAUUGAGAUCGGGCCUUCACCAACUCUUACCGGCAUGGCUACUCGUACGCUGAAAGCCAAGUACGAGGCUGAAGAUGACUCUGUCGGUCGCUCUCGUUCUAUCCUCUGUCACGCCAAACAUGCUAAGGAGAUCUACUACCAAUACGAAGACGAGCCGGAAGCCGUCUCUGUUGAAGAAUCAAACGCGGAUUUUACUGCUACGGAACCUGCUCCUUCUGCGUCCACUCCCGCGCUGGUCUCCGCGCCGGCCGCUGCCCCCCCAUCAGUAGCUGCCAGCAUCGAGGAUGUCCCCUUGAAGGCGUCCGAAAUCUUGAUUACAGUCAUUGCUCAGAAGCUGAAGAAGAAGAUUGACGAGGUGCCGCUUUCCAAGUCCAUCAAGGAUCUUGUCGGGGGAAAGAGUACUUUGCAGAACGAGAUCUUGGGCGAUCUUCAACUGGAAUUCUCAUCAGCUCCCGAGAAAGGCGAGGAACUGUCCCUCGAGGAGCUCAGCUCAGCCCUCGCCGUUGGCCACUCUGGCGCUCUGGGCAAAUAUACCUCGGGCUUAGUGUCUCGACUGGUGGGCGGAAAGAUGCCGGGAGGUUUCAACAUCUCUGCGAUCAAGUCGUACCUUGCGAAGAGCUGGGGACUUGGACCGGCGCGAGCAGACGGUGUACUCCUCUUGGGUACUACGAUGGAGCCGCCCAAACGCCUGGGAUCUGAAGCAGAAGCGAAGACCUGGUUGGACUCUGUUGUAUCGGUAUACGCACAGCGCUCUGGCAUAUCUCUUUCGGCUGCUUCGGCUGGUGGCGGAGGUGGUGGAGGCGGUGGCGGCGCCGUCAUCAACAGCGAGGAGUUCCUCAAAUUCCGGAGUGAACAAGAUCAAUUUGUGUCCCAACAGAUCGAGGUUUUCAUGCGAUACUUGAAGCGAGAUCCUAGAGCGGGCGAAAUUGCAUAUGACAAGGAGAAAGCGAAUUCUGCCGUGCUCCAAGGUCGCUUGGACAACAUCGUCAGGGAGCAUGGAGAUGUUUAUCUAGAUGGAGUUCAACCUGUCUUCGACCCUCUGAAAGCGCGUCAUUUCGAUUCGUCAUGGAACUGGGUUCGUCAAGAUGCAUUGUUGAUGUUUUACGACAUCAUCUUCGGUCGCCUAACUGCGAUAGACCGCGAGAUCACUGCUCGCUGCAUUGCUAUCAUGAACCGAGCGGAUCCUGAGCUCAUAAACUAUAUGCAGUACUAUAUUGAUCGAUGCGAUCCCACUCGCGGCGAGACGUACGCCCUUGCGAAGCAAUUCGGUCAGCAAUUGAUCGACAACUGCUUGGAAGUUGUGGGACAGCCGCCGAGAUACAAGGAUGUGACAUUCCCUACGGCUCCGCACACCGAGGUCACAGACAAGGGUGACAUCGUUUACAAGGAGGUAGUGCGCGAGAACGUCCGCAAGUUGGAAGCGUAUGUGGAGGAGAUGGCGAGCGGUGACACGAUAGCGGGAUCUCUCAACAUCCAGAAGGUUCAAGACGACGUUCUCCGACUAUGGAACGUGGUGAAGUCUCAGCCUGAGAUUACGGAGGAGCAAAAGAAUCGUAUCAAAGCUCUGUAUGAAGGCGUGGUCCGCUCACUCCGGAAAGGCUCCGACGCACGGCCACGCACUACUGGUGCACCGAGAAAGCGACGCUCGUCGUCCCAGUUCCUUCGUCCUUCAGUUUCCAGCAUCGCGUCCGUUUCUUCCGACAAGGUGCCGCUUCUGCACUUGAAGCGGAAGGUUGGUACAACUUGGGAAUAUAGCAGCAACCUAACUGGCGUGUAUCUCGACGUCUUGCACGAAAUUGCGACGUCUGGAACCACCUUCAAGGAUAAGAAUGCCCUUCUGACCGGCGUCGGCAAAGGCUCCAUUGGAGUAGAGAUCGUCAAGGGCUUGCUCUCCGGUGGUGCACACGUCGUGAUCACUACCUCGCGGUACAACCGUUCCACCGUGGAAUACUAUCAAGGGAUCUUCCAGAGGUUCGGGAGCAGAGGCUCGGCUCUCACAGUUGUACCCUUCAACCAAGGCUCCAAACAGGACGUACACGCUCUUGUCGACUAUGUCUACGAGACACUUGGUCUGGAUCUGGACUACAUCUUGCCUUUCGCUGCCAUCCCUGAGAAUGGUCGCGAAAUUGAUAGUUUGGACGACAAGUCGGAGCUCGCCCACAGGAUCAUGUUGGUCAACCUCCUGAGACUACUCGGUGCGGUGAAGGUGAAGAAAGCAAGCCGGCACAUCGUCACGCGCCCUACUCAAGUCAUUCUACCGUUGUCACCGAACCACGGGCUGUUCGGAAAUGACGGUCUGUAUUCGGAAUCGAAGAUCUCCCUCGAGACGUUGUUCAAUAGAUGGAAUUCCGAGAGCUGGGGAGAAUAUCUUGGCCUGUCCGGAGCUGUUAUCGGAUGGACUCGUGGUACCGGCCUCAUGGAGGCCACAAGCAUGGUCGCUCAAGAAGUGGAGCGUCAUGGUGUCCGCACCUUCUCGGCGAAGGAGAUGGCCUUCAAUAUCCUGGGUUUGAUGCAUCCUCUCUUGUUCAGCAUUACCCAAGUCGAACCAAUCUGGGCUGAUCUCAGCGGAGGCAUGGAUCGCCUCCCUGACCUUGCUGAAUUGACAACGCGAAUCCGCUUGGAUAUCAACAAGAAGAGCCAGUUGCGCCGUGCCAUCGCUCGGGACAAUGCCGCCGAUUUCAAAGUGACCCAUGGCCUUGAAGCAGAGCGUGUUCUGCAGACGGUCAAUGUCACCCCUCGAGCCAACUUCCGAUACGAGUUCCCGACUCUUGAGGACGCCGACUCCUUGGAGGAUGUCGCCAAGCUGCGUGGUCUGAUCGACCUUGACAAAGUUAUCGUCGUCACUGGAUUCGGCGAAGUAGGACCUUGGGGUAGCUCAAGGACUCGUUGGGAGAUGGAGGCAAGAGGAGAGCUCACGCUUGAAGGCUGUAUCGAGAUGGCCUGGAUGAUGGGGUACAUCAAGCAUUUCGAUGGCCGGUUGCCCGACGGCUCUCUGCACGUUGGCUGGGUUGACGCGAAGAGCGGAGAGCCCGUGGACGACAAAGACGUCAAAGCCAAGUAUGAAAAGGAUAUCAUUACGCACGCAGGCGUUCGACUCAUCGAACCUGAACUGUUCCGUGGGUAUGACCCUAAGAAGAAGGUCUUCCAUCAGGAAAUUGAGCUGCUUCAUGAUCUGGAGCCCUUUGAAGUGUCGGCCGCUGAGGCGGAGAAGUUCAAGUUCGAGCACGGAGAUAAAUGUGACGUGUGGGCUGGUGAAGGCGAUCAGUGGCUCGUCAAGCUCAAGAAGGGGACGCGUGUUUUGGUUCCGAAGGCCUUCAAGUUUAGCCGUUCCGUCGCUGGUCAACUGCCAACCGGUUGGCAUGCGGGCCGGUAUGGUAUUCCUGAAGAUAUCAUCGCUCAAGUAGACCGGUGCACUCUGUGGACACUUGUGGCCGCUGCCGAGGCCCUAAAUAUGUCGGGUAUCACCGAUCCCUACGAAUUGUAUCAGUACGUGCAUCCCUCGGAGGUGGGGUCGAGUAUUGGCAGUGGUAUGGGUGGUGUAGAGAGUCUGCAAAAGAUGUUCAAGGACCGACGAGAAGAGAAGGAAGUCCAGAACGAUAUCCUGCAAGAGACGUUCAUUAAUACCACUGCUGGUUGGAUCAACCUCUUGCUGCUAUCGUCGAGUGGGCCUAUCAAGAUCCCCGUGGGUGCUUGUGCCACUGCCCUUCAAUCUCUGGAGAUCGCUUGCGACACGCUCCUUUCUGGAAAAGCUAAAGUUAUGCUUGCCGGAGGCUUUGAUGACAUGAGCGAGGAAGGGUCCUACGAGUUUGCGAACAUGAAGGCUACCAGUAACGCCGAGACCGAGUUCGCUAUGGGUCGAGAGCCCACCGAAAUGUCUAGGCCAGCCACGACCACGCGCGCCGGUUUCAUGGAAGCUCAGGGUUCCGGAGUGCAGGUAGUAAUGAGUGCGAGAACCGCGUUGGAGUUAGGAGCACCGAUCCGUGCUGUUGUCGCCUUCACGUCGACGUCCACUGACAAGGCUGGCCGUUCCGUGCCAGCUCCUGGGCGAGGUGCUCUGACCGUUGCCCGAGAGGUUCCGUCGAAACAUCCUCUUCCCAUGCUGGACGUAACAUACCGCUCUCGUCAACUCGCCUUCCGCCGUAAGCAAAUCUCGCAGUGGUUAUCCAACGAGCAUGAACUGCUUCGCGCCGAAGUGGAGUUCAGGAAGGAGCACGGCGAGGACGUGAAUGAAGAAUAUCUUGCUAGCCGCGUCGCCGACAUUGAGCAGGAGGCUGCCCGUCAAGAGAAGGACGCUCUUGCCACUUACGGUAUGUUGCAAGGGGCUGACCCUCGCGUGGCACCGAUGAGACGGGCGUUGGCUGUGUGGGGCUUGACGGCCGAUGAUAUCGGUGUCUUGUCCAUUCACGGCACAAGCACGGGCGCGAAUGAAGCGAAUGAGACUCAUAUCUGGAACGAUGUCUUAACUAAGAUCGGAAGGACUCCAGGGAACGCUGUACCCAUCAUGGCUCAGAAGAGUCUAGUGGGCCACGCAAAGGGUGGUUCAGCAGCAUGGCAGGUGAUUGGACUGGUGCAAAGCGUAGCCUCUGGCAUCGUUCCCGGGAAUCGUAAUAACGACAACGUGGACUCUGCUUUCCAGGAGUACUCUUUGCUACUUUUCCCUUCGAAAUCCAUUCACACUGAUGGCAUCCGCGCCGGUGUUAUGUCGUCGUUCGGAUUCGGCCAAGUUGGUGGUACCGCUCUCAUCGUCCAUCCUCGCUAUCUGUUCGGCGCUCUUGAACCAUCUACCUAUGAGUCUUACAAGGCUCGCAAUCGCCUCCGAUCUCUGCAAUGCUAUAAGGCGAUGAGCGACAUGAUGAUUAGGAAUUCGUUGGUGAAGAUCAAAGAUGGUCCCCCGUACUCCAAGGACCUUGAAGCUCCAGUGCUUAUGAACCCGAUGGCCCGGACAACAUUCGAUUCUAAGAGCAGUAGUUACUCUUUCUCGGCCAAGCUGGACACAAAGCCACCGAUGGAUGUGUCGAAUGUGAAGACCGUGUCCGAGUUGCUCAACUCUACUGGGUCUGUCGCCGGAGUAGGUGUCGACCAAGAACUUAUUUCUUCCGUGCCAUCUUGGAAUCCUACCUUCGUUGAACGCAACUUCACUCCCUCGGAGGUGGAGUACUGUCGUUCGCAGCCGUCCCCUCCGGCAUCCUUUGCCGCGCGUUGGGUUGGUAAAGAAGCUAUCUUCAAGGCUCUUGGUGUGGCGUCGAAAGGCGCUGCUGCUGCAAUGAAAGAUAUAGAGAUCUUACCUGAUCCCGAGACUGGGGCGCCGCAGGUCCAGCUUCAUGGUGAUGCCAAACAAGCGGCCGAGGCAAAGAAGAUCGAGAAGGUCUUGGUGUCUUUGAGUCAUUCUGAGACGGUGGCUAUCGCUUUCGCUCAAGCGUCGACGUCCGCAUAGCUUUCUCCAUUUCAUUAUUCUUGUGCUAGGGUCUAUGGUGUCGUCAGGUUUUGAAAUCACACGCGUUAGAUGGAUAUUUCACGGAUUUACAUUAAUGUCUUGCAUGUCGUCUGAAUGCUAUCGUCCAUUGUAUUUUACAUCUCGCAUAACGAUCCAUAGAGGAAGGGUUACCUUAUACCAAUUCCAUAUCAGCUCUACAUACGUGCCUAAGCCUGAGGAUGUUUGGCUGUUGCGAACUCAAACUGCU